UUUUUGGCCUGAAAAAUGAAAAUCGAAGAAGUGAAAAGUACUACUAAAACCCAGCGUAUAGCAGCUCAUAGUCAUGUGAAGGGUCUCGGGCUGAAAGAUGAUGGCUUUGCGCAUGCUAUGGCCUCCGGUUUGGUCGGCCAGGAACAGGCGAGGGAGGCUGCUGGAAUUGUAGUGGACAUGAUCAAAUGGAAGAAAAUGGCGGGAAGGGCAGUCUUGCUAGCGGGACCCCCAGGCACUGGAAAGACUGCGAUUGCGAUGGCCAUUGCACAGGAGCUGGGGACAAAAGUACCCUUCUGUCCGAUGGUGGGGAGCGAAGUGUACUCGGCGGAGAUAAAGAAGACGGAAGUGCUGAUGGAGAAUUUCAGACGUGCAAUUGGCCUAAGGAUCAAAGAGACGAAAGAAGUCUACGAGGGAGAAGUGACAGAAUUGACCCCAUGUGAGACCGAGAACUCUUUAGGAGGAUAUGGAAAAGUGGUGAGUCAUGUAGUGAUUGGGCUGAAGACUGCCAAGGGCACAAAGCAGCUGAAGCUGGACCCCUCGGUGUACGAGAGCCUGCAGAAGGAGAAAGUGGAGCCAGGUGACGUCAUCUACAUCGAGUCCAACACAGGAGCCGUAAGGAGACAAGGUCGUUGUGAUAACUACGCGACUGAGUUUGACCUGGAGGCGGAGGAGUAUGUUCCGAUUCCGAAGGGCGACGUGCAUAAGAAGAAAGAGGUAGUGCAGGAUGUCACUCUGCAUGAUCUGGACAUAGCCAAUGCCAGACCCCAGGGAGGAGGUCAGGAUGUCAUGUCUAUCAUGGAGGGGCUGGUGAAGCCGAAGAAGACGGAAAUCACAGACAAAUUGAGAAAAGAGAUCAACAAAGUGGUCAACAGGUACAUCGACCAGGGUAUCGCGGAACUGAUUCCAGGCGUCCUUUUCAUCGACGAGGUGCACAUGUUGGAUCUGGAGUGUUUCACCUACCUGCAUAGAGCACUGGAGUCCGCCAUUGCUCCCAUCGUCAUUUUCGCCACCAACAGGGGCAAGUGUGCAAUCAAAGGGGCCGACGACAUUGUGUCAGCUCACGGGAUGCCCCUGGAUCUACUGGACCGAAUCAUGAUCAUCCAGACGCUGCCUUAUGCGCAAGAGGAAAUGCAGCACAUCAUCAAGAUCAGAGCGACCAUAGAGUCCAUAUCUAUAGAGGAGUCAGCAAUUGAAAUGUUAUCACAGGUGGCCAUUAAAACUACCUUGAGGUACGCAGUGCAAUUGUUGACCCCGGCUAACCUGUUGGCCAAGAUCAACGGAAAGGAUAAAGUGGAAGGCGAAGAAAUUGAACAAGUCGGAGGCAUGUUCUUAGAUGCAAAGAAAUCCGCAAAAAUAUUGCAUGAAGAGAGUGACAAGUUUUUGAAAUGAGAAUUGUCUCUUAAGAGUAAUGAUGGUAUUAAGUCAAUUUCAACGGAUGUCAGAAUGAUCUCUUACUGCCUGAACUUUCGAGCGCAAUCUUGAAUAGUUUUUUGCUUCAUUUUAUCUUGUAGUGAUCAUCGUAUCAUACAUUUCUUUUUUGUUCUACUCAUGAUGUAAAUUUGUACAUUUUUGCUAUAUACUUCAAACUUGAUUUUGUCGCAGUA